AUGACUAUCAAUCUGCGCGCAUUAUCGACAAAAGCGUCAGGUCUGGCUGACGACAUUCUUCAGCACCAUGAUGAUGUGAGACCAGGGACACGCGGGAUGGACUUUUAUGAGCUUCUUGAAGCUAUUAGUUCCUUGUCGAUACAGAGUCCAACUAAUUCUGAAGUGAAACUUGUUAUGGACCUCGCACGAGCCAAGUGUGAAGUAUUUCGGGCACAAAAGGCACUUGCAGAGUGUUUACUACAGGAAAGCGAAGUAUUAUCGAGCUUGCUCAGAUUUCGAGUAGAUGUCGCGGGGAAGACGCUAGACGAUGCAGACAUGGGCCUGGGGUGCAUGAGACUUGCCUUCAAACAGCAUGGCUGGUCUCAUUUAUCUGCAAGACAACGCGAAAGUGAUCAUCAGCGUGCCGAAAAUUCAUCAUCUGCUACGACAGAAGGUCCAAGUGGCCGCGCUCUCACUAUCCAGCUUGACUGA